AUGGCCUUUGACAACGCCUCCCUCGCGGCCGCUCACAGCCUGGUGCAACUGAACGUCAGCUCGGCUCAUCAAAUAUCCAACCGCACAUUCGCCAUUAUCUCGCGACUGAACCCUAGCGAUGCGUCACCUGAUGGUCAGAAGACAGUCAUCGUUGCGCUGACUGCAAAGGCCAAGGCUGCGGGGAAACUCAUCAGUAUCGUGGAGAUCGCAAAGCGGGAGCUGAUUCAGAAUGGCAUCAAGUGCUUUCAAUAUACUGCACUGAGAUCGGAAGUCGUUGAUGUUGAACGGAGCCGAAAAAACGACGACGAAGACGAUGAAGACGAUGCCUUUGAGACCAUGGGCGAUGUGAAGGAAUCCACUACGAAGAAACGGAGCAUGCCCGUCAUUACCAUUUACUUGUCGACGAAGUCAGUCAAGGAGUUGAAAGUGGCUUUUGGUGAGCAGACUUGA